AUGAGACUCGCCAGCGCCUCAGUUCUAGCAAUGCUGCCCGCCACUGGCCUGGCUGCCUGCGGCACUGCAUACUCCGGUAACCAGAUCAAUGGUACGCUGCUCCGCACUGUUGUGCUUGACAUGGGCAGCGACGCCGCCAAUGUCACCGCCACUCAGUACGACCAGUACUUUAAGCAGGGGAGCGCUCUUGAGGGUGUCAAGUCUGUCAUUGCCGCCAGCGAAUUCUACAUCAACCUGUGGGCCAUCCCUGGUACCGAGUCCGCUUUUCAAAGCGUCAGCCAGUGCCUAAGCGACGGCUAUCUGGUCAAUCAAGUGGCCUGGCUGUAUUACAACACUACCACCGCGAGCUGGUGGGGUGGCUACGAGGCUGAGACUGAGGCAGACAGUUACAACGCUGCCGCCCUGUCUGUUGUCACAAACCUCGUAGCCGGCCUUGAGGUGCGCUUCUGGGACACCAACGGCGAUGGCUACACCGACGUCAUCGAUGCCGACUACCUCGAGGGCGUUGGUGUCGACACCGUCACUCAGAACGCCAACGGUACCUACUCGGUCUAUCGCGGAAAUAUUGACAUCGCCGACAAGACGAGCUCGGAAGGCACUAUUUUUGACGCCGACCUGUUCAGUGGCUCCGGCCCAACUAUUGCUGCGGAAAACUUUGACACCAGUAUUGCAUCUGGCGAUGUCGCGCUAUUUUGGUACGGCCCCAAGGGCUGGGCCAUGAAGCGCGCUCAGGAGGUUGCCGGCCUGUUUGUCGGCGGCGCCGAUCACACCUCCUACAACAUCGACGGGGUCGUCUAUGAAGACGCCAUGCGCUUUUCACGGGACAACCUGUUCAUCUCCAACCGGCCCGGCGAGUUCACCGACGCCCAAAAGUUCUUCAAGUUCACCAACGACUCCGCAGCUGGCCUCAAUGUCAGCCUCUGGCUUGUGCCCGUUACCAACACCAGCGAGCACGGCGCUCCCGUGGGCAUGACGAGCGACGGCAACUCGCGCAGCUUCCUCGCCAGGGCUAUCGCUCAGGCCCAAGCGCAGCUAGCCAACGUGACUAUCAGUAGCGACGGCUCGAACGUCCCGUCCACCCGGGAGUGGGUUACUCAGGCCAAUUAUACCCAACUCGACGACGCCAUCGCUAGGGCCAACCUGUCGCUCGCCCUUGCUAACAGCUCGUCCUUCCUACUUGACUACCAAACCUACUUGCUGUACCUCACUCUCAAUGGCAGUAGCACCGACAUUGGCGCCGCCUUCGCCGGCUUCAGCUACACUGGCUUCGAGAAUGAAGAGCAGCUCGGGACAGCCUAA